UCAAGCAAAAUGUUGGAGAAAAGGGGAGGAUAUAUUGCCGGCUUUCUCGGUUGCAGUUUGUUCUCUCUACUCUGCACGGGAAUGAUUUUCCAGGGGCAGACAUGGAUGGUGGACAAUAGCAGAGUGGGAGAAAUCGCGACAUCCCGAGUUGAAAACCCUGGCACAUCGUUGGAACAUCCUCUGGAAAGUAAACAAAGCAUGGUGGCUUCAGCCUGGAGUCAGAAGCGCGAUCACAUCGACAUGAGUGAAGUCACAACCGCUGAACACAUGUUAAUAGGUGUUAUCAACCCUAGAACAGUCUACCAAGUUGGAGACACGCUAGUGGUAAGAAUAGUUGCUCGCGAUGCCAAGGGACGGCAGAAGACGAACGGAGGAGACUUUCUGUUGGCAAAGCUGUGCACAACGGCAAAGUCUCGCGUCAAGGCCUGUACGGCUGGGCAGGUGACGGAUCGUGGCAAUGGAGUCUACAUCGCGAGAUUCUUCCUAAGCUGGCCGGGGAGUUUGGCUAUCUCAGUCCGACUGGGGCACUCGAGCGAGUCGGUGGAAGUUCUGAAACGAAUCCGUGACAACUUCUUAGACAGACGGGUGACGAAGUGUAGCUUUGUGGACGAGAUUUCUGGCGAAGAGGAGUGGGUACACUGUACCUUCAGCCGCAACGAUAGUAUCAAUCCUAGAGACAUUUGUGACUAUUCUAGGUCCAUACCGAACGCUACCUGGUACUGCCAAAGGCCUACAAGGGUUAAAGCCUGCCAGUCUAUAACAGCAUGUAACCGAGACUAUCCAGCAUCACUCAAACUGCACGAAACGAUGGUCACAGCAAGCGAGGCUGCACUUUUCAACAGUACACUUGCGAAUCUGGAUGUUCCGAAUAAAGUCAAGAUCACUGUGAAAGGAAACCGUAUUCGAGAUGGCGUCGAAGGGAAAACUCUACCACCAUGUGGGCCACAACUCGCAGAGUCAAGUUCCGAAGGGUAUUGGUACAACAAAACAUGGCACUCCCUCAGAUGUAAGCCACUUAGAAUCCACUCUUCGCCAUUAGACUACAAGUGUUUGAGGAACAAGUCUAUCACUAUCUUAGGCGAUUCAACUGGGCGACAAUACUUUGGGUAUCUUGAAGAUCUAGUCCAGAAAAUUACUGCGCAACUACCUGAAGGAAAAAGAGAGUGGGAAAGGAAACAUAAAAGCAUGAAGGUAGAUUUUGUGUUUCAUACUUUUCCACGGAACCAUGGUACCCCUGCACUUCAAGUUAGGUACCUAAAGUAUGUUGCAGAUGAGGUGGAUAGAAUUGUGGGUGGACCCAAUAUGAUGGUUGUUCUGUGUUUCUGGGCUCACUACAACGCAGAACCACUGGAAACGUUUCGCUCAAGGGUGUGGGGCAUUCGGUAUGCUAUAGAACGUCUGCUCAAUCGCUAUCCUGACACAAAAAUAGUCUGGAGAACAGGCGCUAUGCAGGGCCAUGUAAAAUUAGAACACUUUCUGGAAAACAGUAACUGGUACACGCACCAGCUCAUACACGAGGCUAAGCAGAUUCUCGGAGACCUGAACAUUUUUAUCCUGGAUGUGUGGGAGAUGUCCUUAUGUGAAGAGCCGUUCUAUAGCUUACACCCAGGUCCUGACAUCAUCAAGGGUCAUGUAGAAAUGAUGUUGUCCUAUUUGUGCUCAAACUAAGAUAUAAGUCUG